UGACCCAGUCGAUAACCAGAUCGUUUUACUAAAAGAUAAAGCACUGGGAUUGACCCGAAGUGAAGUCUUUCGGUUCAUCUCAGGAAAUACAAAGUAUAGAGAUAAUGAACCUAUAAAAUCGAAGAUGGAGAAGAACACAGAAGUUGAAAGAGCACUAUUGGCAUAUUUAUUAAUGCCCCAUUUUGAUGCAACCUUUACUAAAUAUCUAGCUAACUAUCAAAAUGAUGAAGUUUGGGAAAUAUCUAUACUUGAUUAUUUGGUGAUCAAAUCAACAUCCAAAGAGCUGGAGGAAAAACCCGAGGGUAGAAUAUUUGGUGCUAGUCCAUUGGAAGAAAGAAACAGAAGGGUUGUUCAAGAAGAAAAUGUUAUGAAACUUAUGGGGAAUCACGUACCUGAUCAAUUGAUGGCACCCAACGGGUUAGAGAUGAUUAAGAAAUUAUAUUCAUUUAGAUACUUGAAAACUGUAUAUUUAAACCACACUGUGCAACGAAUUAGCCUUGAUUUCAAUAAAUGGAACAACUCUAUGAGACAUCAAUCUAUGAGCAUGCCAGCAGGUGCCGUCCUGGAUAAAUGGUUCGGGACUAACUGGUAUGGUAUGAUCAUGAAAUCCUUUCAAGAAUCUUUAGUCUAUUAUAAAGAUCAUCAUGUUGAGCGUCAUUGGUUAGUUCAAGAAGGCGGAAUUGAAGAAAUGGCACGAGCAACUUGGUCAUACUUUUUCAUAGCUGGGGUUGAGCAAGCUUGA